AUGGAAGCUUCAGAAAAAAGUUGGCAAAGUCCUAAACCAGUGGAGCUAGGAUGCUUUUGGGAUCUACUAAAUGGGGUGGAGAAGGCAAAAAAUGAGCUGAUACAAAUGGAGCAAGGUCAUAGUAAUGGGCUAGUAGAUGAGGCCUCCCUUUUGGAAGAAAAUGAAAAAUUGAUUCUUGCUAUCAAGUGGGAAGAACUUUUCUUAAAACAAAAGGCUACCAAAACCAGGUUUAAUGAGGGGGACAGAAACUCAAAGUAUAUUCAUGCUUGCAUCAAACAUCAAAGGAAGUGCAACACCAUACAUUUUAUUAAAGAUGAUUAUGGCAAUUGUAUCAAGGAUGAAAAAGGGAUUGCUGAUAGUGCAGUGCUAUAUUGCCAGAACCUCAUGCAAUGUCAACAGGCUGAAAGGGAGCAUGUAGAAAGUAGCUUAUUCAAUUCUGAUAAUGAACACACUACCAACUUGAAUCUAGCUGAAAUCCCAGAGGAGGAAAUCACACAGGCCUUACAUACAAUUGAUAGUGCCAAAGUUUCUUGCCUUGAUGGAUUUACUGCUGACUUUUACAAGAAAGCUUGGGAGGUGAUUAAAGAAGAUGUUAUCAAGGCAAUUCAGUACUUCUUCAAAGGAAACACAUUACCUCAAUAUUUUAGUCAUGUUGUCAUAACUUUCUUACCCAAAACCUCUAAGAAAGAUAAAUGGAAUCAGUACAGAACUAUUAGUUUAACUAAUGUUAUCAGCAAGACAAUCAGCAAAAUUUUGGUGAGGAGGAUCCAAUUAGUGCUCCAAUUCAUUGUCAGCCAAAAACAAGCUGCCUUUGUGAAGGGGAGAAGCAUUAGUGAUAAUGUUUUUCUUGCACAAGAGCUUCUAUUGGAUCUGGAGAAACCUUGCAGGGGGAACAUGAUUUACAAGUUGGAAUUAAAAAAGGCAUAUGAUAUGGUAAAUUGGGAAUUCAUUAUGGAAAUAUUGAGGGCUAGAGGAUUUACACUUAAUUCCUGCAGGAUUAUUAAAAGAUGGUUAGAGGGCAAUGCAAAUUCUAUCCUUAUCAAAGGGAAAUCUCAUGGGUUUUCAAGGCAACAAGAGGACUGA